AUGUCGAGUGAAGACAAGAAAGCGAUCAUAGCAAAGGGUUCCGAUUCAACGGAGGUUUCCCCCUACACCUUGACCUCCGGAGAUAACCCUGGGUCGAUGAUUUCCUCUGUUCAGUUGACAGGGGAGAAUUAUGCAGAGUGGGCAACGGAGAUGCUCAACGCCUUUAAAGCCAAAAGGAAGACUGGUUUUGUGGAUGGAUCCAUCAUAAAACCAAUGACAGCAGGGUCAGAGAUGGAGUCGUGGACGAGUGUCAACUCGAUGGUUGUCGGAUGGUUGAGAACUUCGAUCACACCCCGAGUGCGUUCCACGGUCUCGUUUGUCUCUGAUGCAGCAGAGUUGUGGGAGAAUUUAAAGGAGCGAUUCUCUGUUGGUAACAAGGUUCGUGUACAUCAAAUAGUGUGUCAGUUGGCAUCUUGUCGUCAAGAAGGCCAAUCCGUAAUUGAUUAUUACGGACGCCUCGUUGUAUUGUGGGAUGAACUGCAAGGUUAUCGUCCGAUUCCCCUUUGUACCUGCGGAGCAGCUACACAAAUUGCAAAGGAGAGAGAAGAUAAGAAAGUUCAUCAGUUUGUCAUGGGACUUGAUGAGUCUCGAUUUGGAAACAUGAUUUGCCAAAUCAUUGAUGCAGAGCCGAUGCCAGACUUGGCACAAGCUUAUGCCAAAGUGAUAAGAGAAGAACAGAGACUUGCAGCGAGCAAGAGAAGAGAACAAAAACAUGAAGUUGUCGGUUUCACGACAAGGUCCGUUCCGCAAGCUGAGUCUCCUGUUGCGUUUAAUGGUCAUGAAACAAGUGAGGCAUCUAGUUAUGCAACAAGAUCUGUUCCUGCAAAAUUCAACCAAAUCAAUAACAGGAACAGAGAACGGAGCCUUUGCUCACAUUGUGGGCGAUCGGGUCAUGAGAAGGAUUACUGUUGGGAGUUAAUUGGAUACCCAGAAUGGUGGAACGAACGGUCCGGAAGAGGCAGAGGUCAUGGUUCAGGACGUGGAGGUCAAAGUUCGAGCUUCCAAGCAGCAGGUCGUGGUCGUGGUUAUGUGACGGUUGCUCACGCCACCAGUCCUCAUGCAUCCGCGUAUCCGUCUCUCACCCCUAAACAGUGGAAAGCACUAGAAAAAUUGGCGAAGGAGAAACGGUUCAACACGUCUGAUAAACUCUCUGGUAAGAUUAAUGAGGAUAUCAUUCUUGAUACAUGGGCCUCACACCAUAUGACGGGAAAUCUUGCGUUGUUAACAAACGUUGGGUCCAUGUCAUCAUGUAAGAUCGGAUUCACCGAUGGAAGUACAACAAUGUCGAGUAGCAUGGGUGUGAUUCACGUUUCAGAUAAUAUAACACUUGAAAAUGUGUUAUAUGUUCCAACCCUUGAUUGCACACUUAUAUCCGACCGUUUUUCGAGGAUGCUGAUUGGAAGAGGUGAAGAGCGUGAUGGGGUUUACUAUCUUAAAAACAAGGAUGUUGUGCGGGUUAAUAAGGUUGAGUUGCAGCGUGAUUCGACUUUGUGGCAUCGAAGACUUGGACAUCCGUCUUCUAUAGUUAUUUCUAGUUUACCUAUGUUUUCUGAUUCUAAAAACUCAGCUAGCUCCACUCCUUGUGAUGUGUGUUUGUGGACAUACCUCUUACUUGAAAAGUCCGAAGUUUGGAAAGUUUUGCAGAAUUUUUGUGUGUACACGAAGAAACAGUUUGGUAAAGAUGUUCGUAUGGUCCGUAGCAACAAUGGUACCGAGUUUAUGUGUCUUUCUACUUAUUUUCGAGAGAAUGGGAUUAUACAUCAAACUUCUUGUGUUGAUACUCCACAGCAAAAUGGAUGUGUGGAAAGGAAACACCGUCACAUUUUAAACGUUGCCCGGUCUUUGCUUUUUCAAGCAAGUUUACCAAUCAUAUUUUGGGGAGAAGCGAUUUUAACGGCAGCCUACCUCAUCAACAAAACUCCCACCAAAGUUCUUCAUGGGAAAACACCAUACGAGUUGUUAUUUAACAAGAAAUCGUCUUAUGAUGAGUUGAAAGUUUUUGGUUCUGCUUGUUCUACACAUAGGAAAUUGCGUGACAAAGAUAAAUUUGGUCCUAGAAGUCGUUCAUGUAUUUUUGUGGGUUAUCCUUUUGGAAAGAAGGGUUGGAAGGUGUAUGACCUUGAAGAUAAUGAAUUUUUAGUUUCUCGGGAUGUUGUUUUUCACGAGGAUGUUUUCCUGUAUGCCACCAAUCGUACGUUGCUUGAAGAAGACACGUUAACUAGUCCAACUCGUGUAGAUGAUGAUUGGGUUCUUACACCGGAAUCCACCUCUAUCUUAAGGGGGAGUCCUGAUGAUGACUCUCCAUCUGAUCCUCCUGUAGAAAUUACAACACCGUCGGUUGCCAGUGAAAAUACAACACCAUUGGUUGCCAGUGAAAAUACAACACUGUCAGUUGUGGAAGAAAAUGUUGACACAGAACCAUCUUCUCCCGUGAUCGUGAAGGAAGAGGAGUCUCCAAUUGUCGAUUUACACACAUCACCGGAACCACCAGAAGAGUUAGGCGUAGGUAAACGUAUGAAGUAUCCCUCGGUUCGGUUACAUGGUUAUGUUACUUACAAUGCUCAUUGUUUAGAAGACUCCCAUCACGCUCCAUCCGACUACGAUACGGCUUCCUCGACACCGGUCCAAGGUAAAACACCGUACCCUCUCACAAAUUAUAUUUCUGAUGAUAAUUUCUCUACUGCUCAUCAAGUGUUUUUAGCUGCGCUUGUUGAGGCUAUUGAGCCGACUUCUUACAAACAAGCUAUUCAAGAUCCACGAUGGACUAACGCCAUGGGAACAUAG